AUGGCCUCAGGCUCCAGCUCCCGUGGCCGCGGAUCCGGCGCCCGAGGCAGCAGCUCCCGAGCCCGCGCCGCCGAAGCUCCUUCGGCUGAUGACGCCGCCCUCCUCGCCCCCCAGCUCAACCCCACGUUCGUGGCUAUGUCGGCCGCGGAUCUCGUCGCCCACCUGAACCGCUUCCGCCGCACGGACGACUUCGUCGACGCGGCGCUCGUGUUCGCCGCGCGCGAGCGCAGGCUCGCCGAGGCUGAGGACUUUGCCCGUGCGGCCGACGAGCACAUGGACAGCCUUCUGGAUGAGAUCCGAGCGCGCGACUACAGCGCCCUCGAGGCGCAGGCUAAGAUCCGCCGGGCCGCCGAGACGGAGGCGGCGCUGCGGGCCAAGAUGUUGGGGUUUAGUCCCACAUCGUGCCUCACGCAGCAGGCUGCAGGUCAUGGUCGUGAGCCUGUGCCUCAAGACUUCAUCACGAUAAGUGAUGACGCUACCGGCGUCCAGACCACGGUCACCCAGGGAGAGGUCGGCGACGACGUGCCUAUGAAGAUGAGGCAUGGGGCGCUGAAUCGCGCCGCGCCGCACCUCGCUGCUGCUCCGCUGCCUAGUGCCGCCGCCCUGAUUUCGUCCGGUAUCAGCGGGCGCGGCAUCACGCAGCAGGUUGUAGGUCAUGGUCGCGAGCCUGUGCCUCAAGACUGCAUCACGGCCAGUGAUGACGCCACCGGCGUCCAGACCAUGGUCGCCCAGGGAGAGGUCGGCGACGACGUGCCUAAGAAGAUGAGGCAUGGGGCGCUGAAUCGCGCCGCGCCGCACCUCGCUGCUGCUCCGCUGCCUAGUGCCGCAGCCCUGAUCUCGUCCGGUAUCAGCGGGCGCGGCCUCACGCAGCAGGCUGCAGGUUGCAGUCGCGAGCCUGUGCCUCAAGACUUCAUCACGGCAAGUGAUGACGCCACCGGCGUCCAGACCAUGGUCGCCCAGGGAGAGGUCGGCGACGACGUGCCUAUGAAGAUGAGGCAUGGGGCGCUGAAUCGCGCCGCACCGCACCUCGCUGCUGCUCCGCUGCCUAGUGCCGCUGCCCUGAUCUCGUCCGGUUCCGGUAUCAGAGGGCGCGGCCUCACGCAGCAGGCUGCAGGUCAUGGUCGCGAGCCUGUGCCUCAAGAUUUCAUCACGGCCAGUGAUGACGGCGUGGGCUUUGAUGACGCCACCGGCGUCCAGACCAUGUUCGCCGAGGUCGGGGACAACAUACCAAGACCUAGCCCGCUGAGGAGGAUUGGCGCCGCACUCCCAGCUGCUAGCUCGAUGCCGGACGAGCUGGCUGAGAGGGCAGUGGAGCGGGUUGUCGUGGACGCUAGCCCUGCUGUUCGCAGCAGCCACCAGGUGGCCAAGGCAGGAGUGGUGGAUUUCCAUGAUGAGGUUUUAGAGGCUGUCGCCGGCAAGAGGAAGCAGGAGCCAGCGGCGACAUCUGCAUCUGAGUACAAGGAGCAACAACCUUUGAAGAAGCAGCCGAAGACUGCCGCGCCGCACCUCGUUGCUGAUCCGCUGCCGGACACGCUGAUUGAUGACGACGAGAGGACAGCGGAGGAAGUCGCCACAGACGUUCUCAGCUGCAAUGAGGUGGCACAGGGAGACCACGAGGUUUCAGAAGAUGUCCUCAGAGCAAGAGUCACAGCAGGCCGCCGCAAGGUUUCAGAAGAGGAGGCACAAGGAGAAGACGUGGCAGCGAAUCGUCAUAGACGUGCGCAAGGGGAACAACAGGCUGCAAGAGCCACCAAGAAGCCUCGCAGGCUCAAGGGGACGUGCUUCUACAAUGAGGUUUUCAAAGCCCUCAAGGAGAAAGAGGAGCUUCUCAAAAAAAGGGAGGAGGAGAGGCUUGCCAAGGAAGCUGUUGCCGCUGCAUCCAAGCAGCUGCACUGCAGGUGCUGGUGGUCGGAUGCACCAUAUAUGCCCUCAAAGUCUGAGGCUGUGGAGGAGGAUGCUAGCUGGUGA